CGGAGGUAGUGUCGAAAAGUGAUUCGAAUGAUAUAUGUUCGAAAUUUUUGAUUGAUUUUCAUUUUUUUCAUCUCAGUAAUUUUUCGACGUGAAAUUCGAAAAAAACAAAGGUGGGUAGAAUUGGAUUAAGAAACUAUAUCAUUCGACUCACUUUUCGACGCUAACUUCGAAUAUGAUAUUUUUAUUGCAUAAGACAUGACUUCUGAUGGAGAAAAUAGAGAAUUACGGGCAGAAUUUCUAUUUUUCCACUCCUGAUUCAGAAAAAGUGUAGUUUCUGAAGAAUGAAAAAAAGUUCGAAAAAAGUGCUUCAUACUUUUGUUCUAAAUUGAACGGCGAAGCGAAUGGCUUAUAAAACUUGUCUCUCGCUUUUAACCAAAAGACUGCACGUGGCUUGCAGGAUGAGUACCGGCAAACAAAAGGUGUACAUGAAAAGCGACAUGCCCAGAAGUUAUUGUUUCAUCAGAAACCUUCAAAUAUACUUUUCUAGAUGCAGUUUUAGACGCUGAUCAAGAAAAACAUCUUUGUGAAGCUCCAAAUCUAUUUGGAACAAAGUUACGCCAUUUUUAAAAAAAGUUAGCGGAUUUCGACAAUAGAGUCCCUCUCGGUAUUUGAAUUUUUCUCGAUGAUAACGCGCACUAAAAUAAUUCAAAGUGACAUAUUCUUAAUCAGUAUCAAAUUCUCUAUCGAAUGAUGUGAAAAUAAAAUAGUGCUGGACGUUCGAAUUUGGAGCGCCUUACUUAAACUCUUAGAAAAAGUAUUUAAAAUAAAUUAUUUUUGUUUCUUUUUAGUUUCAGCUUCGUUAUUGUACAAAUGAAGAAGACUUUAAUCAAUGUGUAGAACAAUCUCAACCGUGUCUAAUAAUGAUCGACGAUAUUAAACAUAACGGUUACAACUUUACGGAUGGUAAUGGUUUAAUAUCAAAAGGUUUAGCUAAAAAAAUCGAUGAAAAAAAAUUAUUUGAUAAACAAACUUCAACCGGUUCAUCUGCAUAUCAAAUACGUCUUGCCGGAUGUAAAGGUCUUGUCAUUAUUGACCCAUCAUCAACAUUUGAUCAAUUUUAUAUUAAAAUUCGGCGAUCAAUGGUAAAAUUUGAGUCUGACGAUUGGACCUUGGAUAUUUGUGAAUGGAGUAAACCAAUACCAACAGCGUUAAAUAACCAAAUUAUUUUAUUAUUGUCUGAUCUUGGCGUACCUAAUGAAACAUUUCUAAAAAUACAACAACGCUAUUUUCAAUCUGAUGAUCAUACUGUUAGUAAUGAUGAUAUAAAGAAAAAUAAGUAUCCGUUGCCAAAAAAUGAAUGUCGUUAUAUGUUUGGGUGUUCAUUGAAAUCGCCGUUGAAGCCUGGUCAAUGCUUUAUUCGCUACGAAAUACUUGAUGAUAAUAGACAACAAACAAAUCGAUUUGCAUGUGUUCAAGGCCGUGUUAUAGUUACAAAAAAUCCGUGUCCAUAUGCAGGAGAUAUGAUAGAAUUGUGGGCAGUUGAUAUUCCAGAAUUGUAUGAUUUGAAAGAUGUGAUCGUAUUUCCAGUUGAAGGUGAAAGACCUCAUUUCGAUGAAAUUGCAGGAUCAGACCUGGAUGGUGAUCAUUAUUGGGUGUAUUGGGGAUCAGAAUUUCAUUUGGAUCCUCAAAAAAAAGUACCACCAUUGGCCUACACCAGUUUCCCUAAGAAAGAUCAUCUUAAUCCAAUUACUGCAGAUGUUAUCAUUGAUCACAUCCUAUCAACGUUCGGUGCACGUAGUUUUGGUGAAAUAUACAAUUUACAUAUGAUUGUUGUUGAUAAAAAUCAGGAAAAAAAUAAUCAACCUACAUGUCAAAAAACAGCAAUUCGUCUUGCUAAUCUCUUUUCAAUAGCCAUUGAUUCGAGUAAGACAGGCGCAAUCAUUGAUCGAGAAGAACUUCAAUCUAUAAGAAAAACUGUUGGUUAUUCGUACCCCGAUUUCUUGCAAAACUCGAGUAAACCGUCCUACAGAUCUGAAUCAAUAUUAGGACAGUUGUAUCGAGGAGGUUUAUUGUUUAUUGAAUCAAACAAAUCUUCGCUUGAACAGUUACCGUCAUUAGAAACAAAAUCAUUAUCAUUAAAUAUACCAUCGAUACAACAGCUUCCUCAGCAUGACUCAGUAAGUUUCACAACUUAAAAAAAUUUUGUAGGCGUAUGUGAGAAAGGAAUCUGUGCAUCUUUUUUUCUACAUGGGUGGACACAGUUAUUCUUUUUCUUUUAUUUUGAAAGAGAAAAUGAAAAAAUUGGGAAGGGUUCUUAAAUUUCAAAAAACCAUUCCGGCAUGUAGAAUUCGAAUAAUAUUUUCUACUUUCAUUUGAGAACUCUGCAGUUUCUUUGUUUUGGUUUAGCGCAUAAAACAGAGCCUAGAUCUACUAUCUAGAGUUUUAUUAUCACAUAUAAUAUGGUCAAAUUAAGACUUUAUUUACCAACAU